CCUUGGGGAUAGGCUCAUCCUUUGAGAAUGGAAAAUGAUCUAAAUAUAGUACUCCCUAGGUGGACAAUUUGAAUAGAGAGUAUAAAAGUUGGAAGAAGAUUGGGUAAAAAAAGGCGAGAGAAAGAGGGAGAGAAAAAUGGGGAGAGGGAAGACGGAGAUGAAGAAGAUAGAGAAGGUAAGCAACAGACAGGUGACCUUCUCCAAGCGGAAGGCGGGCCUCCUGAAGAAGGCUAAGGAGCUCUCCAUUCUCUGCGAUGCUCAGGUUGCUGUUAUCAUCUUCUCCACCACCGGCCGCCUCUUUCAAUUUUCCAGUUCCAGCAUGGAACAUGUUCUGGCAAAGUACAGCAAAACUUCAUUUGCUUCAGAUUUUGCUGCUGUUGGUAAUGGAUCAGAGCCUGAAGUAGGUGCGUUAAGAUCCGAACUUGCAAAUCUACAUCAGCUGCACCGCCAUAUGACGGGAAAGGAUCUCAGUGGAUUGAGCCUCAAAGAGUUGCAGCAUUUAGAGCAUCAACUGGCAGAGGGGAUAUUAUCUGUUAAGGAUAUGAAGGAGAAAAUCCUAUUCAAGCAGCUUGAGAAUUCAAGAUUGCAGAUUAAGAUCGAAAACCAAAAGUUGCGCAAAGAGAUUGAAGAGCUCCGAGGCAAUUCCAUGCCAUAUCAAGAAAACCAUUUGCCUGAAAAGAAGUGUUGGGCUAGCUUAAGACCAAUUUGUGAUUGCCAAUCAAGAGACCAUUCACCUGAGAAGAAAUGCUGGGCAAGCUUAAGAGCAGUCUGUGAUUGCAGAUCAAGUAGAGAAGAAAAUCUAGACCAUAUCGAUUACGCCUGUCAAUUGAUGAAUGUCACAAGAGGGCGAUUACCAAAACAAGAAACUGCCUCGGAUGAUUACGAGAGAGUCUAAUGCUUUUGGAGCAAUACUUUCUUGAUUUCACAAUGAUAAAUUUAUGUUUCUCCCAUACACAUGUAUAUCUGAAUUCAUUGUAGCAAUAAGUUGAUGAUCGUCAA